AGCCGCCGCCCUAUCGCUGCUCGACACCACACACACUCCCACACACACGCAUCAUUGUAUCCGUCCAUCCAUCGGUACAUCCAUACUACAUACAUACCCCCUCGCUGCGCCUCGCUGUCGUCGCUGGACCAGACCCUGACACCGCGCGCCCACACCCUCAUUCACUCGCCCCCAUCCAUCGCAACCACCGCCAACAGUAUAUGCCCUCGUCCCACGCAGCCACAUCCACCUCGUUCGCAAAAAUGGAAAACGGAGGCUACGGCCAGAGGUCGUCGGGCUUCAGUUUCGGCCGCAUUGUUGGCGACCCUUUCGCCCUCGCCACAAUCUCCAUUGGCAUCCUUGCCUGGAUCAUCUCCUUUGUCAGCUCCAUAAUAUCCGCCAUUCAUGGCGGCUUCCCAAACUUCGCAUGGUGGACUCUUGUCUUCAUGUUCUUCUGCAUUGUCGGCGUCACCGUCACAGUCGCUUCAGAUGCUGAGCGGACUUACCAUGUUGCCAUUGUUGGUUUCCUUGCUGCUGGCCUCGUCUUCACUACCUCGUCUGUCAACUCGCUCGUUUACUCACCUGUCACCCCCUUCGAGGCUGCUGCCGCCGGCUAUAUUCUGCUCUCCAUGAUCGCGAUUGUCUGGAUCUUCUACUACGGAUCGCAACCACAAGCCAGCCACCGCACUUUUGUCGAUUCGUAUGCCCUUAACAAGGAGCACCCAGGCUCUCGCUCGUCCCGACCAAUUUCCAACGGCUACACGAACCGUCCUGAAACCCAGAGCGCCGCCCCCCAAAUGUACACAUCCGCCCAACUCAACGGCUUCGAGACCUCCUCUCCCGUGUCCGGUUACCCCGGGGGCCCCACUGGCGCAAACGCCCGCAACUCGUCCGCCCCACCCUUCGGCGGUAUCCCCUCCCAAGUACAAAACGACGAGGCUCAGCAAGAAGCCACCAUCGAGUAUCCCUACCGCGCGAAGGCCAUCUACAGCUACGAGGCCAAUCCAGAUGACGCCAACGAGAUCAGCUUCCAGAAGCACGACAUUCUCGAAGUAUCCGACGUCAGCGGACGGUGGUGGCAGGCUAAGAAGCCAAAUGGUGAGACUGGUAUUGCGCCCAGCAACUACCUCAUCUUGUUAUAAAAGACUGGCUCUUUUGGCUUAUGCCAUUACGACCCGCCAUGACCUUUUCCUUGCACUCAUUACCUUUCAUGUGCGCACUCUGUCUCACACUUCUGGAUACCUUUCGCCGGCCGUUUGACUGCCUCGACCAGGCUCUUAAUCGACGAUCCGUAUUGAUUUCACGUGCUGAGCUUGCUUGUUAGCUGAGCAAGAGGAGGGCACCCUAGCAACCAGGCGUUUGUGGACUGGCCACCGCUACCCUUGUGCGUUUGGCGGCCACUCUUCUGCACGAUACCCCAGUUUCCUUGUCAGAAUAAUUUCAAAUCUGUGUCCCCUUUC